AUGAGGACGCUACUGACCAUCCUGGCUGCGGGAUCCCUGGCCGCUCACAUUGCUGAGGACACCUCAGAUCUCCUCCAGCGGGUGGCAUUCCUGUCCAGCAACUUCGAAAACAUCCUGACUUGGGACAGUGGGCUGGAGAGCGCCCCAGACACAGUCUACAGCGUCGAGUAUAAGACGUACGGGGAGCCGGCGUGGCUGGCAAAGGAGGGCUGCCAGCGGAUCACCCGGAAAUCCUGCAACCUGACCUCGGAGACAGGCAGCCUCACGGAUCUCUACUACGCCAGGGUGACCGCCACCGGCGCGGGGGGCCGGUCCGCCACCAAGAUGACCGAGCGCUUCAGCUCGCUGCAGCACACUACCAUCAAGCCACCUGAUGUGACCUGUAUCCCCACAGUCAGAUCCAUCCAGAUGAUUGUCCAUCCCACCUCCACGCACCUCCGGGCCAGGGAUGGCCACCGGCUGACCCUGGAGGAGAUCUUCCAUGACCUGUUCUACCGCUUAGACCUCCACAUCAACCAGACCUACCAAAUGCACCUCGGAGGCAAGCAGAGAGACUAUGAGUUCAUCGGCCUGACCCCCGACACGGAGUUCCUGGGGACCAUCACCAUUCUUGUCCCAUCCUGGUCCAAAGAGAGCGCGCCCCACACGUGCCGCGUGAGGACACUGCCGGACCCGACAUGGACCUACUCCUUCUCCGGGGCCUUCCUCUUCUCCAUGGGCUUCCUGGUCGCAGCGCUCUGUUACCUGAGCUACAGAUACGUCACCAAGCCGCCCCAGCCCCCCAACUCCCUGGACGUCCAGCGUGUCCUGACCUUCCAGCCUCUGCGGUUCAUCCAGGAGCACGUGCUGGUCCCCAUCCUGGACCUCAGCGGCCCCGGCGGCCUGGCCCAGUCCUGCCAGUACUCCCAAGUCAUGGCGUCUGCGCCCAAGGAGCCCGCGGGGGUCCCGCUGCGGCAUGGCCGGCCUGAGGUCACCUACCUGGGGCAGCCGGACCUCUCCCUCCUGCAGCCCUCCCAGGCACUGCCUCCCCAGACCGGCUCCCCGCCAUCCUACGCGCCCCAAGCUGCCCCUGAGGCUGGGCCCCCGGCCUACACGCCUCAAGCCACCCCCGAGGCCAAAGCCCCGUCCUACGCUCCUCAGGCCGUCUCUUCCUACACCCCCCAGGCCGCCCCGGACAGCUGGCCGCCGUCCUACGGGGUGUGCAUGGAAGCAUCUGGCAAAGACUCCCCUCCUGGGACGCUCCCUAGUCCCAAGCCCCUCCGGACGAAGGGCCAGCUCCAGAGAGAGCCCCCAGCUGCUGGCCUCUCCCUGCAGGCGGUGGCUCCCGGGGCCUGGGAGGGGCCCCAAGAGGCCAAGUCCUUCCCCCAGCGCCUGUGCGCUGACACGGACAGAGCACCCAGCACUGCGGUGCUGCACCAGGGGGAGCCCGGAGCUCCGGGCUACCUGAAGGGCCAGCUGCCCCUCCUCGCCUCCGUCCAGAUUGAGGGCCGCCCGGCGUCCCUCCCCCUGCACACCCCUUCCCUCCCGCGUCGUCCCACGGACCAGGCUUCACGUCCCGGGGGGCUGCUGGAGUCCCUCAUGUGUCCCAAGGACGACGGGCCCGGGUCCGAGCCUGAGGCCACGAGCGUGGUGGCCCCUGGGGCCUCAGCCCCGGAACAGCCCACAGAGCUGGACUCCCUCUUCAGAGACCUGGCCCUGACCGUGCAGUGGGAGGCCUGA